AUUUAAUAAAAGUGAGUACGCAUGUUAUUAAGAAGUCAGUACAGGUGAUUGAGGAUCUGUUAGUACUGAAAUUUGCAAAUAUGGAAAAGGAAAAAGGAACUAUUAGUACGACUGACCUAGUUAAAUCUGGGGUAGAUGAAUCGGAAGAUAGAGGAAAAUGGGGGAGCAAGGCCGACUUCUUACUGUCUUGUCUGGGGUAUGCCGUGGGACUUGGUAAUGUCUGGCGAUUCCCGUAUCUUUGUUACGAAAACGGAGGAGGAGCUUUCCUCAUCCCGUACGCUAUUAUGCUGGUGUUUGCCGGGUUACCAGUGUUCUUUAUGGAAGUAAGCCUUGGCCAGUACUCCAGCAGUGGUCCAGCUACUGCAUGGAAAAUAUCUCCAAUGUUCAGAGGUAUUGGGUAUGGCAUGAUCUUGGUGUCUGCUCUCGUCGGAAUAUACUACAAUGUCAUCAUAAUGUACGCCCUCUAUUACAUGUUCGCUUCGAUGCGGAAAACCCUACCCUGGACGAACUGCGACAACACGUGGAACACUGACAACUGCUAUGGACGUUAUACAGACUGUAUCGAUUUAGGCGAUAGCAUAAUUAAUGACACCAACGGCUGUGUUAACGUAUCGAUGCUGACACAAAAUCAGAGGGAACAUUACAACGUAACGUAUGACUCCAACACAGGUACAGCGAAUGUGUCGGGGUACACAGAUCCUUUCGCGUCGCAACGAGUUCUUGCAAGCGAGGAAUAUUACAGAAAUAAAGUAUUAAGAGAAUCUGAUGGUAUAGGAGAACUAGGCGGCGUAGUUUGGCACCUGUUUGGCUGCCUGAUCGGUGCUUGGGUCAUCGUAUUCCUGUGUCUUGUGCGUGGUAUCAAGUCAUCCGGAAAGGUUGUUUACUUCACCGCUACUUUCCCGUAUGUUGUUCUAUUGAUAUUGCUUGUACGUGGAUUAACUCUCGAAGGGCACGAAAAAGGUAUCGAAUUCUUUAUUACACCAAACUGGGACAAGCUAUGGGAAGCCAAGGUAUGGAAAGACGCUGCUAUUCAAAUAUUCUAUUCGCUCAGUGCUGCGUGGGGCGGCUUGCUGACUCUCUCAUCUUACAACAAAUUUCACAACAAUUGCUAUUUUGACGCUAUUUUUGUUUCGAUCGCUAACUGUUGCACGAGCAUUUUCGCAGGUUUCGUCAUCUUCUCAAUCCUCGGAUACAUGGCGCAUGAACUUGAUAGAGAGGUCGACGAAGUUGUUGAUCAAGGCUUCAGUUUGGCGUUUAUAGCGUAUCCAGAGGCACUGGCGAGGAUGCCAGCCGCCCCUCUGUGGGCCAUCUUGUUCUUUGCCAUGCUGGUCACAUUGGGACUGGACAGUCAGUUUACGAUAUUGGAGACGGUGGUUACAUCAAUAACGGAUACAUUCCCUGGACUGAGAAAAAGAAAAACGUUGGUACUGCUUGUGUCCUGUGUGACGAUGUUUUGCAUAAGUAUCAUCUGUGUAACUGAGGCCGGUAUUUAUUGGGUUAACUUGUUGGAUUCCUACUCCGCCAGUUUUGCGCUGUUGACGUUCGCAAUGACAGAGUGCCUCGUGAUAUCGUGGAUCUACGGAGUCGCACGAUUCCGUAAUGACAUACGCACAAUGAUCGGAGAUUCCUGGGUCGAUUUUCCAUUGUUUAACUACUGGAUAGCAGCGUGGGCGGUCUUGACACCAGGUUUACUUUUAGUAAGAAUAAUAUCCAUAUUGAAGAAUCCAUAUACAUAUCCAAGUUCAUUUUAUAUAAUGUAAUACAUAUAACAUAAU